CUCCGCUUCAGUCGUCGUUACAUGUCUUUGUGUUCUGUUGAACACCUGCCUGCGAUUGUCUCCCUCACUUUCCCUCUGUCCUCUCAUUUUCUCUGACUCUGUCGCUCCCCUCCCCUCUCCCUCUCUUAUGAAAGAGCUGGCUUCAGCAGUCUGACUGAACCGAGCGAUGCAUUCCCACUCGCACACCGGGCGCUGCUGCCCCGUACGAGCUAAUUGCUGCUGGGUCCGUGUGUGUUCCCGGCUGCGGCUCAGCACUGAGGAUACGGAGCUCCCUGCGUGCUGCUAGGCAGCCCAGACUCAUUCUGCCGCAUUCAUGCCUCCUACCGCCACCAUUACGCAGAGGAAUUCCCUGCUGUCUCCUCGACCGCUGCUCACAGACAGAGUGAGUGUUGGUUAGAGAGAGAGAGGGGGAGAGAGAGAGGAGAGGAGACGGGCUGCAAAGCGACACUGACAGAUAGAGGACAGAGCUGGAUUUUGUGCUGGAUUGACACAUGGAGAUGCACCGCGUCUGUUUAUGUGGGAAGUACUUUUUAUGGCAUUUAUCGCUGACCUUUGUGCUAUGGGAUUGCGCACAUAUGUAAGAAGGAACACCGUGUAUUUAUGUGUGCGUGAGUGAGUGAGUGUGUGAGCGGCCGUUCCUGAUGCGGUCUGAACGGGCGAGCCGUGUGUGUAUUGUGGUGCUGGAGGAGGUGGAGGAGGACGAGCCCUCUCCUUCAUCCCCACCUCCUCGGCCCAAAGCGUCUCAUCAAGUCUCUGGAAGGGUUGUCGCGCAGGACGACAAGCCAUCCCUGCUGAGAGCCAUCUUUAACGUGGACCCAGACGAAGUUCGCUCUCUUAUCUUUAAGAAAGAGGAUGUCAACGUUCAGGACAACGAGAAGCGAAGCCCUCUUCACGCCGCAGCGUACCUCGGAGACGCUGAGAUCAUUGAGUUGCUCAUCCUUUCAGGAGCCAGGGUUAAUGCCAAAGAUAACAAGUGGUUGACUCCUCUACACCGAGCUGUGGCUUCUUGUAGCGAGGACGCGGUGACGGUGCUGCUGAAGCACAGCGCAGACGUAAACGCUAGGGACAAGAACUGGCAGACGCCGCUUCACGUAGCGGCCAGCAACAAGGCGGUCCGCUGUGCCGAGGCUCUGGUGCCGCUGCUGAGCAACGUCAACGUGUCGGACCGCGCAGGACGCACUGCGCUGCACCACGCUGCCUUUAGUGGCCAUAUAGAGAUGGUGAAGCUGCUGCUCUCCAGAGGAGCCAACAUUAAUGCGUUUGACAAGAAGGACAGGAGAGCCAUCCACUGGGCAGCCUACAUGGGUCACCUGGAGGUUGUUAAGUUGCUGGUGGCCAGUGGAGCUGAGGUCGACUGUAAGGACAAGAAGGCUUACACGCCACUCCAUGCAGCCGCCUCCAGUGGCAUGAGCAGCACGGUGCACUACUUGCUGAGCCUGGGUGUCCAUGUGAACGAGGUUAACGCCUAUGGCAACACGCCGCUCCAUUUGGCCUGCUACAACGGACAGGACGUGGUGGUCGGCGAGCUCAUCGAGGCCGGAGCGAGCGUAAAUCAAGUAAACGAGAGAGGCUUUUCUGCACUUCACUUCGCUUCGUCUUCACGCCAAGGCGCGCUGUGCCAGGAGCUGCUGCUGGCCCACGGAGCAUGCAUCAACUUGAAGAGUAAGGAUGGUAAGACUCCGCUUCACAUGGCAGCUACACAUGGGCGCUUCUCCUGCUCCCAGGCCCUCAUUCAAAAUGGAGCCGAGAUUGACUGUGAAGACAGAAGCAGGAACACCGCCCUUCACAUCGCAGCCCGCUACGGCCAUGAGCUCAUCAUCACGUCGCUCAUCAAAGACGGAGCCAACACUGCCAAGAGAGGCAUUCACGGGAUGUUACCGCUACACCUGGCAGCUCUCAGCGGCUUCUCCGAUUGCUGCAGGAAGCUGCUGUCCUCAGGAUUUGUCAUAGACACCCCCGAUGACUUUGGAAGGACCUGUCUGCAUGCAGCUGCAGCUGGGGGAAACCUGGAGUGUCUGAACCUGCUGUUGAACACAGGAGCUGACUUUAACAGGAAGGACAACUUUGGCAGGGCUCCGCUCCACUACGCAUCCGCCAACUGUAACUACCAGUGUGUGUUUGCGCUGGUGGGCUCUGGGGCCAGUGUUAACGAUCUGGAUCAGAACAGCUGCAGCCCUUUGCACUACGCGGCGGCUGCCGACACGGAGGGAAAAUGUGUGGAGUACCUGCUGAGGAACGACGCAGACCCAGGCGUGAAGGACAGGCAGGGCUACAACGCAGUGCACUACGCCUCCGCCUACGGCCGCACACUCUGCCUGGAGCUGAUCGCAAGUGUGAGACCGCUCGAUGUGUUAAUGGAGACCUCCGGAACCGACAUCCUGAGGGACUCAGACAGUCAGGCCCCCCUAAGUCCGCUCCAUCUGGCGGCUUACCACGGACACUGCGGGGCGCUGGACGUCCUCCUGGCCUCCCUGCUGGACGUGGACGCGCGCAGCCCGGACGGACGCACCCCGCUAAGUUUAGCCUGCUCCAGGGGCCAUCAGGAAUGCGCUUCCCUGCUGCUCCAUCACGGAGCCUCCCCCAUGACCCGCGACUAUAUAUACAAAAAGACAACCUUACAUGCUGCAGCUAUGAAUGGCCACCCAGAGUGCCUGCACCUGCUUCUGAGUAGCAACAAUCAACACAUCAACGUGGAUGCACAAGACAACAACAGACAGACUCCCCUGAUGUUGGCAGUGCUGAACGGACACACAGAGUGUGUGUACUCUCUGCUCAAUCAAGGAGCCUGUGUGGAGACCCAGGACCGUUGGAGUCGGACAGCCCUGCACCGCGGGGCUGCCACAGGCCAGGAUGAGUGUGUGGAGGCCCUCCUCCAGCGAGGGGCCAGCGUGUGUGUGAAGGACAUCCGGGGCCGCACCCCGCUGCACCUGGCUUCAGCUUGUGGCCACGUGGGAGUCCUGGGGACUCUCCUGCAGACCACGCCGCCCUCCCUCCCUCACCUCACAGACAGCCAGGGCUACACGCCGUUACACUGGGCCUGCUAUAACGGUUACGACGCAUGUGUGGAGGUUUUGUUAGAUCACGAGGCGUUCAGGAAGAUCAAGGGAAACUCCUUCAGCCCGCUGCACUGUGCUGUUAUGAACGAUAACGAGGGCGUGGCCGAGAUGCUAAUCGACUGCCUCGGUGCAAACAUCGUCAACACCACGGACUCCAAGGGAAGAACCCCCCUCCACGCCGCCGCGUUUUCUGACCACGUGGAGUGCAUUUCUCUUCUCCUGAGCCACGGAGCUAAGGCCAACGCCGUCGACGCGCUCGCGCACAAAACACCGCUGAUGAUGGCGGCUCUGAACGGACAGACCAACGCCGUGGAAGUGCUGGUGAGCAGUGGGAAAACAGACUUGUCCCUGCAGGAUGUAGACAGGAACACGGCUCUGCAUCUGGCGUGUAGCAAAGGCCAUGAAACGGGCGCGUUGUUGAUUCUCGAGAAAAUCAGCGACAGGAACCUGAUCAACUGCACCAAUGCUGCUCUCCAGACGCCGCUGCACGUAGCAGCCAGGAUGGGGCUAACGGUGGUGGUCCAGGAGCUGCUGGGAAAAGGAGCCAGCGUUUUGGCGGUGGACGAGAACGGUUACACCCCAGCUUUGGCCUGUGCUCCGAAUCGCGACGUCGCCGACUGCUUGGCCCUCAUCCUCAACUCGAUGAUGCCCACCUCCCCCAUGGUGACGAUCGCCGCCAUUCCCGCUUUGUCCCUCACCCAGACGGUGAUCAACCACCACCCGACCUCAAACCACAUCUCCAAAGGAGUUGCGUUCGACACUCCGCCAUCUCUGAGACCCGACCACGCCUCAUACUGCAGGCCAGAGAGGCCGCUGUCCUCCGUUUCCGCGGACGACGAGCUGAACGACUCGGACUCGGAGACCUACUGAGGACUUUUGGAGACGGCCUCAUGAUCCCGGCAGGCUAGCCAAACCGCUCAGGAGCCUUAAUAGAUAACUGACUGAAAGAUGGGGUGGAGGGAAAGUAGAGCAGGUGAUUUUUGGGGUAAGCUUCCUUUAAAUCAUUUUAAAAAUAGCCUUUUAUACAAACCACACAUAGUGCCUUGCAAUUGCAUUCCUACCCACUGUCGUUUUUCAGAUCUCGUCACGUUACAGCAACAAACUUCAGUUUAUUUUAUUGGGAUUUUAUGUGAACUUUUUGUCUGUUAUUCUCUGCAAAAUAAUACAACCUCAAUCAGAUUGGAUCUGUGAAGGUAAGGUAAUUUUAUUAUAUCGGCAACAAGGCAAUUCAAAGUGAAGAUCAUACUUAGAAGACUUGCUACAGAGUUUCAGUUUGACUUCAAUUUAAACUUGAAAAUAAAUCCACUUUGAUCUAAAGCAUUAAACGGCAGCUCUGACUGUGUUUAGGACAAUUUUCCUGCUAUGUGCUAAACCCCACGUCCAGUCCAUCGACGCUUCAACAGCUUUGUUUUCUAUAAUGUUUUGCCAACAUGUUAAAUGUUGGUCUCAACUGCAGAGUUCACCUCCAUGGUGAAACUGGAGCACCUGUUUUUAACUUAACCUUGUGUUAAACUUCUCCACUAUGAUUCUAUAAAUGUAGCUGAUGUCAAAUGCUUGCUGCGAUUCCUUCUACUUUAUUACUAUUCACUACCUUUUUGUCACAUAAAAUCCCCAUUUGCAUUGCUUAGAAGUCUGUCGUUGUAAGAUGACAAAACGUGAAAAGGCUGAAGUGGUAUGAAUACUUUUGCAAGGCUCUGUACUUUGUUCCCUGAGGUGCAUACCGGAGCAGAAACACUACACUUCUAUGAAAGCACUGUACGGUCAGUAACAUGACCAGUAUUUUUAAAACGUAACAGCAGUAUUUCCUUUUUUUUUUUAAAUGAGUUAAGGCUGUACUGUAUGUGAAUUUUUAACCCUUUUGAAAGGUUUUUCCUCCAAACGAGCAUCAAGUGAAGCUCAGAGGGAACAGAGGGAGAACCUUAUGGGACCAGCUGACUGUACUUCAGUUGUUGUUUUUUUUAACUUGGUUCUUUGAGCUAUCAUGGUAGACGCCGAUGACCGUUACUCAUGAACAUUAAUAAUGCUGCGUUGGGUAGCCACAUUUCCCAGGAGGAUGACAUUGGUAUUGAUUUUUAUUUUACUUUUUCCGUAUUUAUUUUUAAGUGUAGACUAAAAUCUUUGAGCUGAUUCUGACAGCAGGUGGAUGUCAGACCUCGUUACUGUACACGAUUCAGACGUCUGUUGACUGACGAGCUGAACGAACCCUUGAAUCCUGCAAUGAUGUAACUGCUUCAUGUUUGUAUUCUGUACUGGAGACAGUGUGUGGAUGCAUGUUAAUGAGUGUGUGUGUGUGUGUGUGCGUGCGUGUGUGUGUGAGAGAGAAAUAAAGAUAUGACUAAAUAUUGCCUUUUUAGAAAUAUGCAAAGUUCAGACAAGUUGGAUGCCGUUGGUGUAUUGUUUGUAAAAAAAAAAACGUAUAAAAUAACAGAUGAAUAAAAA